AUUCCCUUGCUGCCCAGGGAAUGAUCCGUGGUACUGCCGGGUGGAGGAGGCGUAGCUGAGCCGAGAGGCGCCGCCGGCCCGGGCAGGGGGAGCGGAGUGGGGAGGUCGGGACCCCUGGGCUGGGCGCGAGGAGAGGCGGAGCGGGAACCUCCCGCGGCCGCAGUGGCCCGGCCAAGCCCGACAGGUUCCAGCAGCUCCCCUCACCCCUCCCCACGCCUCCCGGGUUUUCCCCUGGGUUCGGGGUUUCCUGUUUCAGUUCUCGGUGAUCUCCAGCAGCAGGUGCUGGUUUGCCAACCUCAGCUCCAGACGAGGCGAAGGAGGAGAAGGAAAAGAGGAAAGGGGAGGAGGAACCGGCGCAGCGGCUGCGGCUGCCGCUGCGGGCGGGCGAGGGGCUAGGGGCGAGGCGACAGCGGGAGAUCCAGGCUCGCUCUCCCCGCGGAGCAGCGGCGCGGGCGGCGGGCCGAGCCGGGGCCCCGGCGUGUGGCCGGUGUGCGCGCAGGCGGCAUGGGGGAGCCUCCCACUCGCCCCGCGCUCUAGCGGCGGCCAGAGGCUGAAGGAGAGGCGGCCGCCCGCCGGAGGGUCCCGGGGCGGCCCCGCUUCCAGGGCAUGUGGUGAUGGCUGAUGAGAAGAGACUGAAAGAAUACGGGGUGCUUUGCAUUCAAGAAUACAGAAAAAACAGCAAAGUGGAGUCAAGUACACAUAACAGCUUCAUGGGCUUGAAGGAUCAUCUGGGGCAUGACCUAGGCCACCUUUAUGUGGAGAGCACUGACCCACAUUUAAGUACAUCUGUACCUUGGUCAAUGGUAGAAAAACCAACAAUGGAUAAAGUUAAUUCCGGGAAGGAAGAAAAAGAGGUGUCUGAAGAGAAUGCGAGCUCUGGUGACUCUGAAGAAAGCACAAAUUCUGAUAAUGAGUCAGAACAAUUGAGUAGCAUUUCGGUAGAGCCAUGCUUAUUAACCAAGACUCACAGACAACUAUGUAGGUCUCCGUGUUUAGAGCCUCACAUACUCAAACGCAGUGAAAUUUUGCAAGACUUUAAACCUGAAGAGUCUCAGCCAACCAAGGAAGUGAGGAAACCCCCUGAUGUGGUGCGAGAGUACCAAACAAAAUUGGAGUUUGCACUGAAGUUAGGUUAUUCUGAAGAACAGGUUCAGCUUGUGCUAAACAAACUUGGUACCGAUGCUUUAAUCAAUGAUAUUUUGGGAGAACUUGUCAAACUUGGAAAUAAAAGUGAGGCUGAACAAACGGUUAGUACAAUUAACAGUAUAAUGAGGGAAACGUCUUCCCUGGAAUCUCAGCGGUCUGAAUCUCCGAUGCAAGAGAUUGUAACAGAUGAUGGGGAAAAUCUGAGACCAAUAGUUAUCGAUGGCAGCAAUGUGGCGAUGAGCCAUGGAAACAAAGAAGUCUUUUCCUGCCGAGGAAUAAAAUUAGCAGUGGAUUGGUUUUUGGAAAGAGGCCACAAGGAUGUUACCGUCUUUGUUCCUGCUUGGAGGAAAGAGCAGUCCCGACCUGACGCGCUCAUCACAGAUCAAGAAGUUCUACGCAAAUUAGAGAAGGAGAAAAUCCUGGUGUUCACACCGUCCCGGAGAGUGCAGGGGAGGCGAGUGGUGUGCUAUGAUGACAGGUUCAUUGUGAAGCUGGCGUUUGAGUCGGAUGGUAUAAUUGUAUCCAAUGAUAACUACAGGGAUUUGGCAAAUGAGAAACCAGAAUGGAAAAAGUUCAUAGAUGAGCGACUAUUAAUGUAUUCAUUUGUCAAUGACAAGUUCAUGCCCCCAGAUGACCCUCUUGGCAGACAUGGUCCAAGCCUGGAUAAUUUUCUGAGGAAGAAACCUAUUGUUCCUGAACACAAAAAGCAGCCUUGUCCAUAUGGAAAGAAGUGUACCUAUGGACACAAGUGCAAAUAUUAUCAUCCAGAAAGGGGCAGUCAGCCUCAGCGGUCAGUGGCUGAUGAACUGCGUGCCAUGUCUAGAAACACAGCAGCCAAAACUGCAAAUGAAGGAGGACUGGUGAAAAGCAACAGUGUCCCCUGCAGCACUAAAGCCGACAGCACUUCCGAUGUUAAGCGAGGUGCUCCAAAGAGGCAAUCGGAUCCAAGCAUAAGGACUCAAGUCUACCAAGACCUAGAGGAAAAGCUUCCCACCAAAAACAAACUGGAAACCAGGUCUGUACCUUCCUUAGUUAGUAUACCGGCUACUUCUACCGCAAAACCCCAAAGCACUACAUCUUUAAGCAAUGGCCUUCCAUCUGGAGUUCAUUUCCCACCUCAGGAUCAAAGAUCACAGGGACAAUAUCCUCCAAUGUUGAUGGCAACCAAAAAUCAUGGAACGCCAAUGCCUUAUGAACAGUAUCCAAAAUGUGACUCGCCUGUCGACAUCGGAUAUUAUUCCAUGUUGAAUGCAUAUUCAAAUCUGAGUAUCUCAGGCCCACGAAGUCCUGAAAGGCGUUUCUCCUUAGACACAGACUAUAGGAUAAGCUCUGUCGCCUCUGACUGCAGCAGUGAAGGGAGCAUGAGCUGCGGGAGCAGUGACUCGUAUGUGGGGUACAGUGACCGCUCCUAUGUCAGUUCUCCUGACCCGCAGCUGGAGGAGAAUCUGAAGUGUCAACACAUGCACCCUCACAGCCGCCUUAAUUCUCAGCCCUUCCUGCAGAAUUUCCACGACCCCUUAACCAGAGUGCAGAGUUACAGUCACGAAGAACCAAAGUACCAUCACAAACCUCCCCUCCCACACCUGGCCGUGCACCUGCAGCACGCCGCCGUGGGGGCCCGGUCCAGCUAUCCUGGCGAUUACCCGUCUCCUCCGAGUUCAGCGCACUCGAAGGCACCACACCUGGGGCGGUCCUUGGUGGCCACGAGAAUAGACAGCAUUUCUGACUCUCGGCUGUAUGACAGUUCUCCUUCCAGACAAAGAAAGCCUUACACCCGCCAGGAAGGGCUGGGAAGCUGGGAUAGGCAGAGCUAUGGGAUCGAUGUGUACGGCUACCGGCAGACUUAUUCUUUGCCUGACACCUCCACGCAGCCGUGUUACGAGCAGUUCACCUUCCAGAGCCUCCCUGAGCAGCCGGAGCCCACCUGGCGCAUCCCGUACUGCGGAGUGCCGCAAGACCCCCCCAGGUACCAAGACAGCCGAGAAAAGAUUUAUAUCAACUUGUGCAACAUCUUCCCACCUGACCUUGUGAGAAUUGUCAUGAAAAGGAACCCUCACAUGACAGACGCCCAGCAGCUGGCUGCAGCCAUUUUAGUGGAGAAAUCACAGCUGGGUUAUUGAAAGAUGAUGCAUCUUUGUGGUGUUUAGUAGUUUUUUGUUCAGCUCAAAUGCUGAGGGAGGUUUGCUACAAUAGCACAUGUGAUCUCCUUCUCAGCAAGGAGGUUAUAUAGUAUCCAUUUAUGUGAAAUACUGUAUCAUGGAAUCUGUAUGUAUAGCCCCACAUAGUGGAAGUAUCACGGGAUUGCUUUACAUUCAAACUUUUUUUUAAUAUUUCCUUUUUAAAGCUAUAUCCUUGGCUGGAGAUUUUUCCAGUUUGAUUUAUUAGAUGUAUCUGUGAUCUUUGAUAUUAAUCUUUGGUGCAUCAGGGGUUUAUAUGCAGCACUUUUUAUCCUUGUUUCAUGUUUUAUUAACUUGGUGUUUGUCUAUCAAUUGCAAGCAAUUACAAUACCUUUAGAAUGUUGAACAUUUGACUAGACCUAGCAAACUAUUUUUUCAAGCCAAGCAUAAUUGGAAUCUUUUACAGCUUUUUAAGUUAUUUUUAUUUGGGGAAAGUGGGCUUCUUUGUGCUAUAAUCAUUAUUUAUAGAAACAAAGAUAUACUACAGCACUGACUUUAUAUUUUAAACAAAAUGAAAGUUACCAGUUUAUGUUGAAAUGGGUAACAGUAUAUAUUAGAAUGAUUUACAGUAUGGCACUUUUCGUUGUUUUAUUUUCGUUUGGAUUUUCUGUGUUAAGUAAUUUGUUAAUUUAAUAUGGUUGAUUUAAAGGAAAGCAGAUGCAAUCAAUGGAAAAAAUUGUUUCCUUUUUUUUUUUUUAUAAAAAAGGCAAAAGCCAUCAACUGUUACAGUUUAGAGCUUUGUUAUCCAGCUAUGAUGUGCUUCUGGACAGUAGAAAUGGAAUUGAAUUCCUAGACUUCCAUUAACCUGUAUUUUUUAAUGUGUUUGUCUUUUUGUUUUGGGGCACAAUACUGGAUAAAAUAACCCUUUUGCAGUACUUGCCUGUUUUUAACGAAUCUAAUUAUUCUCAAUGCAACUUUUAUAUUUAAUAUACCCUUUAGCUUUCCUGCUAUUUAUCAAGGCUGGCCUGAGGUGGUUUUAUGUGUUGAGGAUAUGCAACAUUUAUUGAUACUGCACUAUAGAAAUGGUGAUGCAGGAGUUGUAAAUGGUAACUUAAAAUUUUUGUAAAAUACUGUAUAUUUUCCAUUUUCCUGAAGGUAGUUUUUUGGGGGGGCCUGUUAUAUUAUUAAGGCCAGAUUCUUGCCACAAAUAGUGUAGUUUUAGAUACAGACUAAAGUCUGUUCUCGUAUUAGUAAGGGAUAUUUCUGGUUUCAAAGUCAUGGGUUUUGCUGAGCGUGGAUUCGUUUCUGUCGCUGGUUAGAAGAGAGAUGAUGCAAUCAGUGGCAGACAAUUGUGUGACUGACACGACUUCACCGCUGCCUCCAGUUUUUGAGUUUUACUUAGUGUAACAGACGCAUUCCGAUCUGUUUCUGGAGUGUGCCUAGAUGCCCUGGUUAUCCUUAUUAUUCUACCUGCUACAGUUUGAAGUAAAGCCCUGAAAAACCAGAAAGUACCUUUUACUGUUGAUACAAAUUGUAUCUUUUUAACUAUAAGAACUAUUUUGAUUUGUAGAUCUAGUUAAAACACAGAUGUGUAACUAUGAUUAGACUUUUGGGCAACAUUUUAUCCCUUAUUUAAAUACAAAUUUUUAAAGUAAAAUUGAGGUCUAGAAUAGGGUAGAAAAUAAAAACAAUUUAGGUAAAUAAAAGUGUCUGUCUUAGUUUUAUAUAUUAAAAUAUAUUAAAUGAAUUUAUUGGCAUUUUCUUUCUCCUAAAACUUAUCUAGCGUGAACUUAACUUAAAAUAAAGGUAAAAUGCUGCCUGAAAAUAACGUCCAAGCACCUUUGACUAGGACAACAUUUUCACUACUCGUGUGACACUGUGUGUCGCAUGAAGUAGGAUUUGGGUUACAGUAAAUGCUUCUAAAAGGCAUUGUGCAUAUUGACAUAUCCAAUAAUCUGAACCAUGUUCAGCAAACCUAAUUCAGGAAAGUGGGGUUCACAGUCGCUGCUGCCGCCUGCUAGGUGAGGUGCCCCUCGCUGCGCCCGCAGAGGAUACGGGCACGGCCGCAUGGACCCACCGAGGCGUCCUCUGAGUGACCUGCUCACUUGUGAAAUCGUUCUCCUGAUUUUGUCGGUCACUCUCUGUAACAAGUUUAAUGUAAAUGCUAACCCAGUGCCAAAAGUAGAGUUACAAACGUGGAGUACCUUUCAUCUCAGUCUUAUUCUAAGCUUGCUUUUUUUUUUAGUAUGAAAUCAUUUUUAAAUUGUACAAGUAGGUUUUGCUUCCAUUUUCUUAAUUUUUGCAUUUGAAUUAUUUGAAGAUUCUGCCAAAUUUUAUGAAAUUUCUUUAAAUGAGGUCUUCGGUGAAAUGUGUAACACACCCUUUAAUUUGACCUCCUCAUGUCUGUAGCUAAGUAGCUCUCAUUGCUUUCCGGAUUUUAGACUAUGAAAAAACAGUGGGGCUUGCCGCCACGUGGCCUGACGUGAAUAGCUCUGAAUAGUCACGCUGAAAUCCUGCAGUGUAGUUGACUGUGAGUUAAGAAAUAGUUUUCUUAUGUCAACAGGAAAUUUGUCCCACCCCACCCGCGCUUUUUUUUUGAAGCACCGAUGUUGCUUUCAGAGCUUAAGAAUGAGAUAUUUGGCUGACUUUAGAUGCAGCAAUUUCUUAAUUAUCUAAAGCAAUAAGUAAAAGGAUCCAUCAUUAAUUAAAUUCAGAGCUGAUCCCAAAACUUCAUUUUAGCCAAAACUUUCACCUUAAUCGUAUCUUCAGACUUGCUAACAAAUAACCGGAGAGAGGUAUGUUAGUAAGUAGUAGAAGUGGUCAACUGAUAGAAGAGGAGGAUUCAGAUUGGAAUAUUCUGCCCCUGAAUAAUUGACAGUUGACUGUUUUACACAGUAACUAGCCGGUUUGUUGUCUCUGUGUCUUAGUACAGAGGGAGUAGUACCCAACUGGCCAAAUUCUGGCCCUUAGUAUUUCCUCCUUUCUUGCAUGUGACAUCUAAGUUUUCAAUUUCCUUUUUGUGAUCACUGUAUCCUCAUAGAGUUUGUCAUUGACCUAAACAUUUGAAAGAAAUGCACACCAGUAUAAAAUAUUUGAUACUGGUAGAAACUUGAACUUUGUGUUUUUAUGAAAAUUCAUUUAUGAGAAUAUGUAAUAUAACUAAAAAGAGUGUUUUUAUAUAUAUAUACAUACAUGCAUACAUAUUUGUUAAGAAGUAUUAAAAAUGGGAGAAUGUUACGCUUUUGAUGGCUAAGUUUUCCUUAAUUAAACUGUUUCUUUGAGUUAUGGACAACCAAGUCUGGAGUCUGGAUGACCAAUGAUAAGAUUUAGAACCACUUGAAUGGAAAGCAACUCUUUACUGGCUUUAUUCCUGGUAUUUUUAAAGAAUUAUUUUGAUAAUUUUAAUAGAAUGUGUAAUUUUAAAACACACAAAAAAAACUUAAAGUAGUAUUGCUUAUACAGAUAAUUAUUUAACAUGUCUUUUAUGGACGUAUCUAUAUGUAUAUAGACAGUAAUAUAUUUAUAAAACAAAUAUACUCUAUGUUGUAGUCAUUAGUUUGUAAUAGGUGGGAAGAUGGCCCUGGAUAUGUUUGUGUGUGUUUUGAAAACGCUUGAGCUGUUUUUCCCCUGACUUAAUGGCAUAUACCCUAAGGGAUAUUUGGUUUUUAUUAUUCUUUUUGCUAUUCAACUUCCUUAUUCAAGAUAAAAUAAGAUGUACAGUUUCCCGGCCAUUCUGUUAGAUGUGGCUCAUCCAUUUUAUUAUCCUCCAACUCCUGGAAAAUUCCUGAGUGACCUGGAAUCAAACAGGUUAUGGCCAGAGAGAUCAGUUAUGUUCCAAAUAUGUUAAACAUGGGAACUCAGCUGGGAUGUUGAGCUUCUUUGGUAUACACCAACAAAUAAAAUGAAGUAUAAAAUACAUGAACUACACACGUGCAUUUGAAGAAGAGAAAGCAGAGUGUUCAUAAAAGUAGAGAAACAUAUGCGUUAUUUUAGAUUGCUCUGGGAAACCCCCUAGGGCAAGGGUUGACAAGCUUUUUCUGUAAAGGAUGGGAUAGUAAAUAAUCCAGGGCUUUGAGAAUCAUAUGGUCUCUAUAAACCACUCACCUCUGCCCUUACGGUGUAAAAGCAGCCACAGAAAAUAUAUAAGUGAAUGAGUGUGGCUGUAUGCCAAUGAAACUUUAUUUUACAGAAAGGGGCGGCAGGCCCGAUUUGGCCUGUGGGCCAUAGUUUGCUGAUUCCUGCCCUAGAGGGAGAAAAACAGGCAUGUUAAGCAGUAAAUCCUGAAAUAUGUUAACGUAAGAAAUAAUAAUUAUAUUUUAGUUGGCAUUCAAAGAAAAUCCGUUAUUGAUGGCCUUCGAAAGAUUUGUGAGACAGUCACAUAUGAAAGCAUCUUAAUCCACUUAUGUUUUUUGCCUGGUCACACCCAUUAUUUAUUAGAGAUAUUUCUUGUGUUUAACCACCCAAAAAAAGCAUUGUGUAAAAAGAUGUUGUAAUAAUUAUUGGAGUUUUUUCAUGACCUUUCUAUUUCUACUGAUAAAUGGGAAUCCUUACCUGCCUUUUGUUUUUUUAAGGGCCUAAUGGACCAAAAAUUCUGUUGUGUUUUGAAAAUUAGCAUAUAAUUGGCCAUAAAAUAUUGUAAAGACUGCAUUUAUCAGUUACAUUUUUCUGCUAGUUUUUGAUUUCUAAAAAAUGACAGAUCAAAAAUGGUUUUAAAGUAGAUCAAUAUAUUGUAAGUUUACAUACUGUAACUUUAUUCUGUAAAAUUAAAAAUUGUGACUAGUGUAAUUGUGAGUGCACUUGCUGUAUUGUGACUCUCUUUAUAGGAAACAAAGUGUAUCCCUGCUUUCUCUGUCCAAACCUUUAGUAUAGAUUUUUUUAAGACACUUUAGGACUGUCCUUGGUGAAUGAUAUUCUUAACAUUAUCCUGUGUGAUUUUUAAAUUCAUUGGAGUACACACCACUGAGCAUGUUCAUUCACAGUGCUUCAUAAAUUGUGUUAACAUCGUAAUAUCAUUUCCACCGGAACAGUAAAGUUUUGAACAUUGCCAUCCACUUAAGUAAUUAUACUUUCUUUUAGGAUUGGAAUAUAACUCUAGCUUUUAACAGGUGUUUACUGUUUUAAAUGGUUAAUUUUUUUUCUUUAAUGCCUUCUGUUCACCUGCUUUCUGCUUCCGUUAUAAUAACACUUUCGUGUGUUGGAAGCAGCUUUUUCCCUAAGGUCUUUAGUCUUUAAAGGAUUUAAAAACAAUUUAAGGUUUUGACCACUUGACAAUUGGGCAGUAAAAAAAAAAAAAAAAAAGUCUGUGCAUGUUUCAAUUCAAUUUUAUAGAAUGUGUAAAAUUUUUUAAACCAUGUACCCAAUUUGCCAAUUUUCUGUCCAGAUAUUUCAGGUGAAUAACAAAUUAUUCAUUAAAGCUUUUGACCCCUUUCUUGAAGGAGCUUGUGCCUCAAGGGAAAAAGACAUUGAAGAGCAAUGGUUUGUUUUUAUAAAGAAUAUGUUUUAGAUUUCCUAAAGUUUUUGGAAAUUAUAAACGUCCCAGCUAAUACACACAUGCACACUUCCGCAGAGAUGUGGACACGGCAUUGCCAGUGAACCCAGUUACUGCUUUUAUCUUUUCCUUCUAGGUUUUCUCCUCCCAAACCAGAGUUGUUUGCUGAGCGUACAAGUUCCAAUUUGAUCCUUCAAACUUUUCUUAUAAGAAAAUAAGACAAAGAAUAUGUUUAGAGCAACCGUCUGAUAAACUGAUGUGAUUCUAUUUAUCCUAUGCCUGUUCUGUGUGUUUGUGUAAUGGGAUUUUUACAACUCCAAAAAGCGGUAUUUUAGACCUACUGGAAAUCCGAAUAAAAACAGCUAUGUGAUUCUGCCACUGAGAAAAAACAUUAAAAAAUUCACUUUUCUUA